CGCGGGAGAAACGGGCUCGGAAUCGGGGAAUUCCGCUUCUUAGCGGUUAGCGUGCCUUAAGGGUGACAAUAUUUAAACCCUGAUCCGCAGAGGAUCCUCCCUGUGCCAAGGCCGGGCCGGGAUAUCAGCCCAUGGGCAGGGUCAGGAGCAGGCCCCGGGGAGGGUGAUCAAGGUUAGACGAGGCCAUUAAGGCCUGUUAGUAACUUCACAUCCUUUACUAAAACGAUGGAGAAUACACACAGAAAAAUGGCUGUUAAAUAAGCCUCAGCUGGAGUGUCUGCCUGAAAAUUCAAGCAUGAGACAAAAAUCAGUUUGGGUUGGGUGUUCCUGUUAUUCUGAGAAACUCAGAAGAAACAGAAUCCAGCACAAGAGUUUUGAAAAAGCGGAUGAGACAAGUGAAGAAUCCUUUUGGGUUAGAAAUCCCUCAUCCUGCUACAGCCUCAGUAACAAAGGGUAUAACACUGACACCUGAUUGUCUGGAAGACUGCAUUCUUACAUGCUACUGGGGCUGCAGUGUUCAAAAACUCCAUGAAGCGUUGCAGAAACAUGUCUACUGCUUCAGAAUAAAGACUCCUCAGGCAUUAGAGGAUGCUCUGUACAGCGAAUACCUCUAUCGACAACAGUACUUCAUUAAAAAAAAUGACAAGGAAGAAAAAUAUUGUCAGUUACCUGAAGAUGCUCAAGUUGUCGAUUUUGGCCCAGUGCCUAGAUCUCGCUAUCCAUUGAUAGCAUUGUUGACGUUAGCUGAUGAAGAAGACAGAGAAAUAUAUGAUAUUGUUUCAAUGGUGGCUGUAAUUCACAUUCCUGAUGAGAGCUACAGACUUUCCUGCAGGAUACUGUAUCAGUAUCUGCUUCUAGCUCAAGGUCAAUACCAUGAUCUGAAGCAGCUCUUCAUGUCUGCAAAUAGUACUGCACCGUCUUCAAGCGAUACGUCCCCUAGUGAGAGAAACACUGACAGAAGCUUGCUAGAAAAGGCUGGACUGGCUGAAGAUGAACCAGAAUUGCAUGAAGAAAACAGUAAAGAUUGUGUUGUUUGCCAAAAUGGCACAGUGAACUGGGUACUCCUACCCUGCAGGCACGCGUGCUUGUGUGAUGGCUGCAUUAAGUAUUUUCAGCAGUGUCCAAUGUGUAGGCAGUUUGUUCAAGAAUCUUUUCCACUUUGCAGUAAAAAGGAGCAAGAUGAAGAUGAAUCAACACGUAUCUUGCAAGAUGUUCUUCCUGGAAGAGUUUUUUAAUGGGGAAAAAAAUAGAACUACUGGGUUGUAUGCACCAAGAUUAAAUGUAGAAAACAGACUGUUUAUGGGAGGAUAUGUAGCAUUAACUUGUAUGGUUUUGCUUUUUAUUGUUAGGUAAUUUUCAGCUUCCUUGUUUUUCUUCGCUCCAUAUGCUCACAGGAACACUACGCUAAUCCAUGCAAUGUGGACAGGAGAAGUGCGUAGGAUAUCUUUGACGGACAUGAUUUUAUUUAUAACUUCUUACUAGUGUUUUGUGGAGUACUAGUGGAAGCUAUUUUGAUUACUAAAUUUAGUAUAUCUACUAAAAAAAGAAUAAAACUUGCAAGUGAAGUUGCACACAGCUCAUUCUAUAUUUAUUGUAUUUAAAAUACUAGAGCAAUUUUUAACUCAGUAUGAUUUAGAAACACAGCACUUUACAGAAUGUAUCAAAUGAAGGAAAGUAAAUAUUCUUCAUUGUUAAA